GUAGCGUCAUCAAAGGUGGAGUAAGUUUCACAGAUGGCUACAGCACGAUGAAUAAUGGUUUACCUCAGAUGAAUCAGCCUCCCUCCUUCGUGCCCACAUCCUGUCCAAUGAUUCAAUCAAGAUGAAUCACCACAUGACUACGUUAGGAGGUGUGACGCCCCCCGUGCUGUCCUGCAGUAAGACCAGAUUCAUUGAGGAUGCCGGGUGAUUCCGCUACUCGUGCAGAGCGAAGCUGAGAUGCCACGUGAUCGCGUCCUGCGCUGCAUGCUGACAGAGUGAAGGAUUCCACCACUGUGACCCCGGUGACUUUAACAGUGGACCCCAAGGGUUACUUCCUGUAUUGGACCGACCAGAACAAGGACACAGAUCUACUGGAUAUAGCCUACAUUAAAGAUGCCAGGAAUGGAAAGUGUACCAAAAUGCCAAAGGAAGGCUUCCAUUCUGGACGCCGCAUGCUUUACUAGCUGACAGACUGCAGGUGCCGCUUCACCAGUGUAACACUCCCCAGGAGCGCAGAGGAAGAAACGCAGCCACUUGACAAGAAUUCCGACUCACUUCAUGAAAUCCCAUUCCGUCGAUAGAAAACCUACACUGGAUUCAGACAUGACUUGAUUCAUCUUCUUUUAUCGUGCUGCUGCUCCUGCACUGUAGGAGAUUAUCUCUUCAUCAGAGAAAGGUCGGUCCGACGCAGCGCCGGUUCCGCAUCGAGCGCCGGUUCUCCUCACGCGUCUUGGAGCCGGGCCGUCCCCCGGAUCUCCGCCGGCUCAGCUCUUCAUCCCGAGCAUCAUGAGCGGAAUUAAACGGCUGCUUCGCUAUCGUAAAACACCCAAAGGCUUGUUUAAACAUUUAUUAAUCUUCCGAUUCCGCACGCAGAUGCCGGACCAAACGGGGCGCCGUGCGGCUGCUCGGCUGCCGACUGGCGUGGCCGGGCCCUGGCAGAUGGUCCGGGGAUGUCGAAACAGCAGGCUGCCUGUGUCACAGCGGAGCUAAUGAUGGCGAAAGGCUAAAUGAAGACGAGGAUAAAUCACAAUUAUCGCGGCACGGCGCUCACCGAGCAUCCUUGACUGUUUGCACAGGGAUCUGGGGGCCCAAUUAGUGCUGUUUGUGCACAAUGGAUGCCAAGCUGCGUGAGCUGCUGGACGUCAGCACGCUGGUGGGGAAGCUGGAGAACAGGAUGCUGACGGUGGUGAGUGGCCCCGACAUGGUCAACAUCACCUACCUGAACUUCAUGGCUUUCCAGGAGGAGACGGCCAAGGAAUGGGCUGAAGAACUCUUCAGCCUGGCGUCCAACCUCUUGGUGCAGAACAUGUCCAGAGAGGCCUGCUUAGAGAAAGCAUAUACUCGGCUGAAGCUGCAGCUCAACCCCGAGGGGAGAAUUCCCGUCAAGAAUAUCUUCAGGAUGUUCUCAGCAGACAGGAAGCGAGUGGAGACGGCCCUGGAAAACUGCAACCUCCCCUGUGGCAGAAACGACUCCAUCCCCCAGGAGGACUUCACCCCAGAUGUGUAUUACAUGUUCCUGAGCAACAUCUGCCCCCGGCCGGAGCUGGACCACAUCUUCUCUGACGUUGGGGCUAAGAGUCGCCCCUACCUCACGGUGGAACAGAUGACGGAGUUCAUUAACAAUAAGCAGCGAGACCCUCGGCUCAACGAGAUCCUCUACCCGCCUCUCAAGCCCGAACAGGUCCAGAUGCUGGUGGACAAGUAUGAACCCACCGCCAUGUUGGCGCAGAAAGGUCAGAUCUCGGUGGAAGGCUUCGCCCGGUACCUGAGCGGGGAGGAGAACAGCAUCAUGCCCCCCGAGAAGCUGGACCAGAGCGAAGACAUGACCUUUCCCCUGUCUCAUUAUUUCAUCAACUCCUCACACAACACGUACCUCACAGCCGGACAGCUGGCGGGGAACUCCUCGGUGGAGAUGUACAAGCAGGUGCUCCUGUCGGGCUGCCGCUGCAUCGAGCUGGACUGCUGGAAGGGCCGCACCACGGAGGAGGAGCCCGUCAUCACGCACGGCUUCACCAUGACAACUGAGAUCUCCUUCAAGGAGGUGAUUGAGGCUAUCGCAGAGUGUGCCUUCAAGACCUCUCCCUUCCCCGUCAUCCUGUCCUUUGAGAACCACGUGGACUCACCAAAGCAGCAGGCUAAGAUGGCAGAGUACUGCCGGUCAAUAUUUGGAGACGCAUUACUGACAGAACCUCUGGAGAAAUAUCCCCUGGAGUCCGCCGUGCCCCUGCCCAGCCCCAUGGAGCUGAUGGGCAAAAUCCUGGUGAAGAACAAGAAGAAGCACCACAAGACGGACGGCAGCACCAAGAAGAAGCUGUCGGAGCAGGUGUCCAACACCUGCAGCGACUCGUCCAGCGUGUGCGAGCCGUCCUCCCCCAGUGCAGGUUCGACCAAAGAGGAUACGGCAGACUCGUCGCAGCCCUCGGAGGGAGCCGAGCUCAGCUUGAGGCCGCAGGGCCGAAAGUCUAUUGGUGAGGUGGAGGCAGAAAGCGAAGAUGAAGAUGAUGAUGAUGAUGACUGUAAAAAGGGCUCAAUGGAUGAGGGCACAGCGGGAAGUGAAGCGUUCGCAACCGAGGAGAUGUCCAACCUGGUCAUCUACAUCCAGCCGGUCAAGUUUAACAGCUUCGAGAGCUCCAAGAAGAUCAACCGCAGCUACCAGAUGUCGUCCUUCGUGGAGACCAAAGCUUUGGAGCAGCUCACCAAAUCUCCCGUAGAGUUCGUCGAAUACAACAAGCUGCAGCUGAGCAGGAUCUACCCCAAAGGCACGCGAGUGGACUCGUCCAACUACAACCCGCAGCUCUUCUGGAACGCCGGCUGCCAGCUGGUGGCGCUCAACUUCCAAACCAUCGAUCUGUCCAUGCAGCUGAACCUGGGCAUGUACGAGUACAACGGGAAGUGCGGCUUCAGGCUCAAACCGGAGUUCAUGAGGCGGCCGGACAAGCACUUUGACCCGUUCACUGAGAGCACCGUGGACGGGAUCGUCGCCAACACCUUGUCUGUGAAGAUCAUCUCGGGCCAGUUCCUGUCGGAUAAGAAGGUGGGCACGUACGUGGAGAUCGACAUGUUCGGCCUGCCGGUGGACACCAAGAGGAAAGCGUUCAAGACCAAGACGUCUCAGGGCAACGCCAUCAACCCCGUCUGGGAGGAGGAGGCCAUUGUGUUCAAGAAGGUCGUUCUUCCCACACUUGCUUCUUUGAGGAUAGCAGUGUUUGAGGAAGGAGGGAAGUUCAUAGGUCACCGUAUAAUCCCCGUGUCAGCCAUCCGCCCAGGUUAUCACUACAUCGGCCUAAGGAAUGAGAAGAACCAGUCCCUGACGCUGCCCGCCCUGUUUGUUUAUGUGGAAGUGAAGGACUACGUCCCAGACACAUUUGCAGAUGUAAUUGAGGCCCUGUCCAAUCCCAUUCGCUAUGUCAACCUAAUGGAGCAGCGAGCCAAUCAGCUGGCUGCUCUCACGCUGGAGGAGGGCGGCGAGGACGAGGGCGACAAAGAGGUGGAGACGGGGAGCGACGCCCCGUCAGAGUCUAAGCUGGACCAGAGGGGGACGGCGCCUGCAGAGAACGGGCUGAGCCACACACCCAUUAUCGCACCCAAACCCCCUUCGCACGCGGGUCAGAACCAGCCUCCAGGUCCAAAACCAUCAAUGAAGACUGAAGAUAUCAUCCAGAGCGUUCUCAAUGAACUGGAGGCUCAGACGCCCGAGGAGCUGAAGCAGCAGAAGGGCUUCGUUCGCGAGCAGCGCAAGCAGUACAAGGAGAUGAAGGAGCUGGUCCGCAAGCACCACCGCAAGACCGGCGAGCUGAUCAAGGAGCACGCGGCGCGCGUGUCCGAGCUGCAGAGUCAGCACCAGCGCCGGCGCGGCGCCCUGCAGAAGACGCACAAACGCGAUGGUAAGAAGAGCCGCUCCGAGCACUCGCUCUCGGCCCUGGACCAGGAGCUGUGCGACCUGGAGCGGGAGUGCGGCCAGAGGCUCGCCGAGCUGCGCGAGCAGCAGCAGCAGCAGCUGCUCGCGCUGCGCAAGGAGCAGUACUACAGCGAGAAGUACCAGAAGAAGGAGCACAUCAAGCAGCUGGUGGAGAAGCUGACCUCCAUAGCGGAGGAGUGCCAGAACGCCCAGCUCAAGAAGCUCAGGGACCUCUGUGAGAAAGAGAAGAAGGAGCUGAAGAAGAAAAUGGACAAGAAGAGGCAGGAGAAGAUCAACGAGGCCAAAGCCAAGGACAAGAACGUGACGGAGGAAGAGAAGCUGGAGAUCAACAGAUCGUUUGUCAAUGAGGUGGUGCAGUACAUCAAACGGCUGGAAGAUGCUCAGAGUAAACGGCAGGAGAGGCUACUGGAGAAGCACAAGGACAUUCGACAGCAAAUCUUGGACGAAAGGCCCAAGCUGCAGAGCGACCUGGACCAGGAAUACCAGGACAAGUUCCGUCGGCUCCCGGUGGAGAUCCAGGAGUUCGUGCAGGACAGCGACAGGGCCAAGCUGAUCGACGGCGGCGGCGGCGGCGGCGGGAGCCUCGUGGCCUCCUCCACGGCCGAGAGGCUCAACCACAAAGCCUCCCAGUCGGAGGACGACAUGGAGGAGGCCUCGUCGGAGCAAGUCUACGACACGCCCCUUUAGAGGCUCCGCCGCGGCGUUUUUGCCCCCGCGCUGGGACAGUGACCGCUGGAGGUGUCUGUCACCACAGAUGUGGGAUGAGACUGUCCCUCCUUUGGUCCUGAGUUUAACGAUGGGGAGGAGUAGGUGAAAUCUGAGCCUGCAGUGGUGAGUAGAGGUCCUCUGUGCGUAUCGAGUGCAGUCCUGUCCAGAGAAAUGUGUCAUGUAAAUACUGAACUUUGUGUAUUUGUAUGUUACCUGUAUGUUGUCGUCUCUUUCGGUACGGCCACAGGAUGUGUUACGAAGCACUAUUCGCAGGAAAUACCUUACUUGAACCAUUGCACAGAGAGAGUAGUUUGUCGAUGUAACUCUUCUAGCGUCGUGGACGGCUGUGGUGGACACAGCGAGGUGUGUGUGGUGUCGAGCUUCGGGACGUUGUGUAUCCAAGUGGAGUCACCAUGUACUGUAGAGCCACCGCCACACGUUUAGCCUUUAACGCUUCCAUCUUCACAGGACUUACUGUAGGUUCACCCUCAUAUUUGCACUGAAGGCUCUCUAUGUGACUAUACCACUCUUUUACUUUAACCCAGAGGCACUGGUGGCUUGCUGGUUCCUCAUUUUGUUCUCACAGAACUAAGCCUAUGUGUUUGCUGCUAUUUUGUUUUAGAACCCAUCUUUUUUUUCUAACCGAUGUUUGGUUCGUACGAUGUUUUUGCAUGGUAAUAUUAUGCAGCACUUGGUUUGACUAUUGUUUUUUUUUUAACACGUCAGAGGGCGUGGAGGGAAAGUGUGCUUCACAAUAUCAUGCAUGUAACUGUAAAUGUUACGGUAGCUCUGUAGCAGAGGUGUUUAUUAAGGGUUUCCUCAGAUCCUCCAGAACAGUGAACUCGGCGUGAGCUCAACCAGAGUCAGGUCAGAGUAGGUGACAACACCUUCUGAGUAAAUGAUCUGGCCACUUAGCUUGUCGUCCUCCUUAUCUUGAUCACAUUCAAGUAAAACAGGACAUUCAAGCACAAAAGAGGAUCCUGUAGUUUUAUAGACUGGUCUUCCUCUUAACUGGUUCAUUGUGUACCUAGAGGGGAAUAUGUGUGCAGUUCCCCAGUGCACAAACUGGGACCACAGGAAACGCUAACAUAACUGGUAGCAGUAGUUUGAGAAGAGGAAACAGUUCAGUUAUUGUAAAUCGAACCUAAAUAUUAAAUCUGAACCUCCAGCAGAGACUAGCGUUUAUGUAACUGCACCAUUUCCUCUUUAAUAGUUCACCUGUUUGCAUCAGUAACAUUGAGGAAGCGCUUUUUACUUCCUAACUGUCCAGUGCCAUUUAACUCCAAGGUGUGUCAUUCGAUGCGGAGCCAUGUCUCAGCUGGCUUUCCUUUAAAAAAAAAAAGAUAACUGAGAGCGAAGGAUUACGCGACAUGUAAGUACAAACCGCUUUUAAAAAAGAAGAUAUUGAUGUGAGAGUCCUGUGCCUUUGAAUAGGUCUGCCUCGUUUGAUGUUGAAUGUGUGAAAUGCACCAUUGUUUCCAAUUGCCAUUAUAAUAUAUUAUAUGAAGCUGUCUGAUAUUUAAUAGGCCGUGUGCACUUUUAGUACAGUACCACUACUGAGUAAUGCUUGUGAUGAGCAGUUUUUGACUAUGUCUCUUAACAAAUGCCAGACACCCUUCGUUUAUGUCUUGAACCAUUUAAUUUAACAGACCCCUACCCACCCCCCUUACUCAUCAACUUAAGUGUAUGCACUCUGGAAAUGUAAAUGUGUGUAUGACAUAAAGGCUAAAACAUGAAGUUGAUGGAAAAAAAUAUAUAGUGUAAAGGGAAUUUGCCUGUAAUUAAAAUAAAUGUGGCUAUUAUUGUA